AUUCAUGCUCCACGCGUCAUUCCAACAGCACAACUCUCGAUGUUGAUUAGCCACCCCCAUCCUCGUCAGAGACCGACGGCCUCACGAGCAUCUAAACAUCAAAGGUCCCAAUGAAAGUCCCCUCUCCCCGCCAAAUUGUGACCUCUCCCGCCAGCCGCGCGCUAGUUGCAACGGCGAUCGCCUGGCUCGUCGCCUUCAUUUACUGUCACGGGCGCUACUGGCGCGAUCCGCACUCCGCCUUCUUCCAAUCUGAGACCGUCUACGAACAGCACUACUCCAAAUACCGAGCCUCGCAAGCGCAAGCCUUCAUCGAGCACGCUACGACAGACACAAAAUUAGGGAAGGUGAAGGGGACACCGGAGAUAUGUGCAGCGUUUGUAACGGUUAAGAGGGAGACGACGCAGUAUGUUGAUAAUGCGGUUGCGUCUGUGAUGGAGGGGUUAGCGGUUGGAGAGAGGGAGAAGCUGCUCUUGUACGUGCUGUUCGCGGACACGGAGCCAGGGAUGCAUCCAAGUUGGAAGCAACCGUGGUUGGAGAACUCGGUUGAUUUGGCAGUGGGGUACAAUGUUAGUGAAGGUGUGAUGAAAGAUCUGAAGGAAUGGGAGGAGAAGAAGGAAUGGCAUAAGAAGGGCCUGUUUGACUAUCUUUACGCCCUCGAAUUCUGCCAGAACACCGAUGCCCCGUACACCGUCAUGUUCGAAGACGACAUCAUCAUUGCCGCGGGUUGGAUGGCCAAAGUCCGCCAAUCACUCGACCAAAUCAAGACAGGCGCAGUCACCAACCCCUCCCUCCGAGACUGGCUGUACCUGCGACUCUUCUACACAGAAACCGCCUUAAGCUGGGAAACCAAGGCUGACUACUGGUACGGGCACAUGGCAUACACCUUCCUCCUCGCCUCAUUCUUUGGCGCAAGUCUCCUAAUAGCACUUCGGCUCCUCGUCCCCCGAACACAGCGCUAUCUCGACGACCCUACCAUUUUUGUACUGUCAGCGAUCACGAUCCCCGCUUUCGUCGUCCUCGCCUUUAUGAUAGGCAAAUACUCACUCUUCCCGCUCCGUGGCGUGGUAACGAUGAAUGUGCACGGCUGCUGCACGCAAGCUCUCUUAUUCCCUAAGGAACAAAUCCCAGCGUUGAUAGAGCAUUUGAGGGGCAUCGGAGCUGGACAAACGGACAUGAUGAUUGAGGAGUAUGCCGACCAUACGGGGAAGCAGAGGCUAGCGAUGGGAAAGCAGGUUGUGCAGCAUGUCGGGCUGGAGAGCUCGAGAGGCAAUAACUUUGUUAAUGGACAGAGUACUUUCGCAUUUUGGUUUGAAGAGUAUGAUAGCAGAAGGUUGGAGAGGGAGCAUGACGAAUUAUUAAGGAUGGGGUUUGAUUGAUUGGCCAUUAUCUGAUAUCCUCGGUGUAUAUUGUAUAACAGGGAAAUAUCUUCUUGCUGGUCAUGAUAGGCAUGCGAAAAGGUGCUAGGUUUGUACGGGAAGACGUGAUG